ACCUGGGCUAAGACUGAACAUUUGACUUUAAAACAAAUAAUUUCUUAUAAAAACAAAUCCUGUGGCAUGGUAUCAGAUGAAUAUUGGCGAGGGGAACCUGAUUUUCAAGAUACCUGCAAGACAGAUGGCAAGUUAGAGAGACAUAGAGAAAAUUUCACAAAGGAUGAAAUGAAUAAAAAUGAGAGAGAUGCUGUGAAGGAGAUAGUUAAUAAUGAAAAACUUCCUAUAGAAAAUACAAGCCAUCCACAAAAGAAAUCAGAAAAAAAUGUUAGUGUUAGUUCUCAGCAUGAAACACAUCUGCAAGUUCCAGCUGUACAGAUUUCCUACAAAUCUAAUUUAUGGGACAAACAUUGCAGUUACAGUUCAGACUCUUCUCAGCAUCAGAAAAACUCAGCUGGAGGAAAGCCAUAUCAGUGUAAGGAGUGUGACAAAGCCUUUAGCCUUAACUCCACUUUUGUUCGGCACCAAAGGAUCCACAGUAAAAAGCGAACCUAUGUGUGCAAGGAGUGUGGCAAGGCAUUCUGGGGCAAGUACCAAUACACAGCACACCAGCGAAUUCACACUGGAGAGAAGCCUUAUCAGUGUAAGGAGUGUGGGAAAGCUUUUACUUUCAACUCCAGUUUUAUACAUCACCAAAGAAUACACACUGGGGAGCGACCCUAUGUGUGUAAAGAGUGUGGCAAGGCAUUCUGGGGCAACUCCCAGUACACAGCACAUCACCGAAUUCACACUGGAGAGAAGCCUUAUCAGUGUAAGGAGUGUGGGAAAGCUUUUACCUUUAAUUCCAGUUUUAUACAUCACCGAAGGAUCCACACUGGGGAGCGACCCUAUGUAUGCAAAGAGUGUGGCAAAGCUUUUCGUGUGAACUCACAGCUCAAUAAUCAUCAAUUGCUACACACUGGAGAGAGACCCUACCAAUGUCCAGAGUGUGGGAAAAGCUUCACCCGGAAUUCAAACCUUGUCCAGCAUCAGAAAAUUCACUCUGGAGAGAAAAACUAUCAAUGUAAGGAGUGUGGGAAGGCCUUCAGGCAGAAAAGCAAUUUAAAUCGACAUCAACGAAUCCACCCUUGCAAGACAAAUUUCAAAAAGAGUUCAGGAUUAGAGCAGCACCAGAGACUCCAUGAUAGGGAAGGGCGCUAUGAAUGUAAGGAUUGUGGGAAAGUCUUUAUUCGGAAUUCAAAUUUUAUUCGCCAUCAGAGCAUUCACUCACGAGAGAAACUUUUAAAUGAAAUUGUUGGUUCCUGUAUCCCACAAGUGCAGGUUACUAGGCCCUCCCCUUCUUUGCCUGGUCAUAUCAAUCCAGCCGUCUGUCUUGCCACUCCCCAGGGGGCUCCCUCUGCUCCAGCCAGUUCUUUUUCCCCACUGUCUAUACCACACACCCUUUCACUUUCUACCUCAGAGCCCUUACUCUUUCUCCUCCCCCAGAUGCCCUCUCCUCUUCUCUCCCCCUUUCUGUGAUCUCUUUCCUGGACUUACGUAGGCCCUUUGAAGUUUGCAACUUUGAUACUGCCUUUUGCACUCAGUCUUACACACACCCUCACACACCUUGCAUUGUUACCUACCUGUAGAUAGCUGCAGUACUUUUGCUAAUCAGAUAUAUGCUGGGGUGUUCCCCUCCCCCUCAACCCUGAAGAGGACUCAGGAUUUUUUUGUCUGUUGCAGCCAAGUUGUCACUUCUUUUUUUUUUUUCCCUAUAAGAUGACCAGUAAGGGGAUCUGAACCCUUGACUUGGUGUUCUCAGCAUCAUGCUUACCCAGUGAGCAAACUGGCCAUCCCUAUAUGGGAUCCGAACCUAUGGCCUUGGUGUUAUUGGCACCACACUCUCCUGAGUGAGCCAUGAGCCGGCCCCCCAAGUUGUCACUUCUGAAGGGCAGGAGUCACAUGAUUAGAUGAGAAAAGGUCAGAAAGUAUGAAUAUAUUUCCACUGUAAAUGAAUAUAUGGCAUGACCAUUUGAGUGUAGAUUGUAGGAAUGGUAGAAAUGAGGAAUUUCUUUCAACUCAGGAAAGGAGAUACUCAAAUAGAAACUGAAGGUAUUGCUGUAAGAAAUGGACCUUGUAGAGAGCUGUUUAUACUUGGACGUCAUAGGAAGCUCUAACCUAGUAAUAAAUGGGAACUGGUCCUCGGUUUUUCUUGUUCAGGGAUGAUUUUAUCAGGGCUCUCAUAUACAGGCAAAUACUAGCCACUGAACUCAUUUGACAUUUCACGGGAGAUUGAUUUGUUAAACAGAAAGUCAAUUUGUUAUUUUUCCAUAUGGAAUAUCUUUUCUAGAUCCAAAGAAAUAAUUUGCUGUCUACUUUCCAUCAGUCUAUCUGUCCCUCCCUCCAUAGCUGGCUUGAGUAGCUUCCUUUAUGAAAAGAUGUAAGCCUUUGUAGGUUGACUGCUUUUAGAUGGCAUUUUCAGGAAUAGAGUGAUAGAUUACCUCCCUUCUCCAUAUCCCCCUUUGCAAAUGUUACCUUCUUUUGCUAUAGUCAAAGGUUAUGCUUGGCUGCAAGCUGCAUUUUAGAAAAAUACCAGUGAGCUAGAAGUUGAUGACUUUAAGCUAGGAUAGUCAAGCAGCACUGUCACUUUUUGAAGUGGCCUAGAGGAAAGAGACUAUGAGCUAAGAAAAAGAGCCUCAGUUAGUAGAGUCCCAGGUUUAUUUAAACAGUGAAGAGGUUUGGGAACCACAGGAUGGGUCCAUCAAUCAAGAGAGCAAGGAGAAACAUCCCUGGAGGGCCAGACUGCUGCCUGGAAUGUGAUGUUUGUGGCCUGAGUGCUUUAUCUCAUAGCUACAUUGCAAGUGAUAGAUGAUUGAUAGUUGAAUCCAUGGGCUGUUUUUGGAUAUCUGGCAAAAGGAACUGGUCCUUGAGAUCUGUUCUUGAGAUUGAGAGGAAAAUAACCAGGUCAAGGGGGAGAUAAAAGAGACUGAGCUUUCUCACAUUAAGUAGUCCUGUAUAUUAAGCUGGGACCAAGUAGAUUUUGUUAAUCUCACAUAUUUGUAAUUACUGGCCUGCAUGGAACUCCUUUUGUCUGGGGCAUAUUGAGCCGUCUGAACAUGCUAGGGAACUGAAAAUGUUUUGCAUGGUGCUGGGGGCUACCUUAAGAAUUAAUGUUGGAGAGGUGAACACCUAAAUCACUAAGGCCAUUGUAAGAGAGAUUGAACUUCUUCCUUGCCAGUGGAAGGCAGUUAGGAGUUUAAAGUAGGGGUAUAUGUAUGAUUGAUUUGCAUUCUGACAAGGUCAUUGGCAGCAUGGGAAGAAUUAAGGACAGGUGAAAUAGAAGUCAGGAAAACUAGAUAGACCAGCAGUUCCUAAAUGGGAGUCUGUGGACUAGUGAAAGUCCACAACAUUUCUACAAAUUUGAAAUGAGAAAAUGAAAAUGUACUAGAAAUCUACAUAUAGAGAUGGAGCUAUAUAUGUCCACAUAGGAUGACCCACAAUUCUUGGAAACUUACACUGAAGUUGUCCUUUCUCCUGGCAUUAAUAUUGUUCUUCAUGAAAUAGUCAUGAGAAUUAUAAGCUUUUGUUAGUUAUGCUUUGUUUUUUAAUGCCCUUUAUUGGAAAAUAAAAAAUGGCCAUGCUAUAUUUCUGUCUCCUCCCCCGGCAUUCAUGUUUUAAAAAUUGUUCUGUGAAAUCAGAACGGCAGCUAACCAGUAUGAUAAGCUUUUCUGGAUUAGCUUUGGAAAAUUGAGGUUAGUGGAUUUUGAACAAUUUUGGAACAACUAAGAACUGGUAGGCCCUGCAGUCAGAGUACCUUGGGGCAAAAGGCCCUGCUUUUUCUGGGAUAUUGGGGGCCAGAGUGAACUCCAUUAGGCCCUAAUGAAUGAGAGAGAAGUAGUGUGAUUGGACAAGAGCUUUGGAUUUAGGAUCUGGGCCACAGUUUAAAAUUCUCAAGAGGGAUGACUGGAACCAUCAAGAACCCUUCUUGAAUAAUUGACAUUGUGUGAUUGUGUUUUAUGUCAACUGUGUAAUUUGUAUCUCUCAGAUUGUUGCACUGCAAUAAAGAUAUGUUCUUAAAAGGACUCUGAAUGUGUUAAGAAGAGGGUGCUGUGGAAAAAGUCUACUUUAAAGAGUGAAUCAAAGCAAAGUUGGCUGGAGUCACGCUUAGAAAUCUACAGUUUGGGCGCUCCUCUGGAGUGUCCAGUUUGGUUACAUGACUGAAAUCUCAAUAUCCAUUUGUGAUGGCAUCAAUAACUCUUCCUGCUUCUGGCAACCUUGAGUAUCCUUGUGGGGUGUAAUGUGUAAGAGGCAAAGGGGUGGUGGGAGGGCUGGUUGUAGACAAUGCUCAGAGUAAGUUGUUUAUGUGGCUUACCCUUUGUUAUUGAAGCCCAUAAGAUAUUUGAUGCCUCCCUUAUGUGAGCAGUGAGCCUAAUAUGGAGAACAGGGCAGUCCAGAAAGUCCUCGUUUCAAUAAUAAAAAUAACAGUAGUAACACUACCAUUUAUUGAGCACUUACUGUGAACCAGGUGUUAUGUUAUGGACUUUAUAUACUUUAUCUCAGUCCUACAAUAACAGUGAGUGAAGGGGUUGUUAAGUGGCAGCUUUUUACAGGUGAAUACAUUGGGACUUACUGAGAGGUCAGAAUUCAAACCCAGAGAGUGACUCCAGGAUCCACACGUGAUCACAGUGUAUCCACCUCCCUUAUUCACCUACCUUUCUUGGUACUUUGUACCCUGUAUACCCAGUGUCUGUUCCACCAUUGUAUCUUGGCAGUAGAUAAAUUUGUUUUGUUUUUAUAGGUUCACAGCUGGAAGGACUUUUGCUUUUGGUCUCAGAUGAGACUUUGGACUUUGGAUUUUAAGUUGGUGCUGGAACAAGCUAAGACUUUUGGGACUGUUGGGAUGGAAUAAUUGUAUUUUGUAUGUGAGAGUGAUAUGAGUUUUGGGGGUGCAGGGGUGGAAUGAUAAGAGUUUGGAUGUGUAGUCCCCCCAAAACUCAUGCAGAAAUCUCAUCCCCAAUGUGGCAGUGCUGGAAGGUGUUUGAGUCAUGGGGACCGAUCCCUCAUGAAUGGAUUAAUGCUCUCCCUGGGGGAGGAGGGGUAGUGAGUGGGUUCUCGCUGUAUUAGUUACCACGAGAGCUGGUUGUUUAAAAAGACCCUGGUACCUCCUCUCUCUCUUGCUUCCUCUUGCCAUGUGAUCUGCUUGUACCUGCUGGCUGCCUGCUGCUUUCUGCCAUGAGUCGAACAGCCUAAGGCCUGUUCCAGAUGCAGCUGUCCCAGAAUUGUAAGCCAAAUAAACCUCUGUUCUUUAUAAAUUACCCAGUCUCAGGUAUUUCUGUUAUAGCAACACAAAACAGACUAAUACAUACCCUAAGCUAGGAUCUUCGAGGUCAGGAAUUCCAAGCUUCUCUUUCCUACUCCUGUCUCUGCACCACUAAAAUACCUCCCGUGA